AUGAAGAACAGUUGUAGGAAAAUAUAUUGUUUUGGCUCUCAAAAAUGUAUCCACAUAGACACAACUUUAUACAAGUUAAGUCAACUACACGAAGAAGUGAUAAAGCGUUAUUCAUCAAAGAACAACCCAAAAUUUUCUAUUCUUUAUGUUGACAAGUAUGCACCAGACAAAUCGAUUAUUGAGCUCGAUUCUGAUGAAAAGUUCAUGGCUAUGCUUAGCAUGUAUGGAAGCGAGAAACAAGUAACCAUUUAUGUGACAAUAGAGAAUAACCUCGGCUCCAAUAUUCAUGCUAACCAUUCGUGUGCCAACAGAGAUGAACCACACGAUGAGUAUGAUGCAGACUUUUGUCCUAGUGAAGAAAUCUAUCAUAGUCAUCUCAGUUCUGAUAAUGAAGACGGUAUAGUGAAUGAUGAUGAUGAAGUUAACUCAUUUAGUAAGAAUAGUAUAAGAAUGGAAGUCGGCUCAAAAUUUGAAAAUGUGGUUGAUUUUAGGAGAGCUUUGAACCACUUUGCAGUCAUAAAUGAGUUUAACUACUACAUUCAAAAAAGUGACCCCACACGAUUCACAGCAAGAUGUGAAAACCUAGAGUAUGAGUGGAGAAUUCAUGCUUCUAUUACACAAGAUGAAGUUACCUUUGAAGUUAAGAAAAUGGUAGAAGUACAUACUUGCACUCGAAGCAACAAAGGUGGCAAUAAGCGUGCCACUCAAGGUUGGAUUGCUAAUGUAGUAACUGACAAGUUGAAAUCUGAUGGGGAUGUCUCUCCAUAUGAGCUUAGAAAUUGGAUUAUGAAAACUUACAAUGUUGACGUGCCGUACCUAAAAGUUUUUAGAGGGAAAGAGCAAGCUUAUACCGACAUGUAUGGUAAGUGGGAAGACUCUUUCAUGAAGAUGGACGAAUUUAGAGAAGAACUAUUACAAAGGAACGAAGGAAGCAUUGUGGAAAUUGACUUUGACAAAGUUGGUGGAAAGAAACUUUUUAAAAGGAAUUUGGUGAGUACAUGGAAUGGCGUAUUAGUUCCUAUUGCUAAAAAUCAUCUCAACGACAUCGCUAAGAACUUAGGUGAAUAUGAAGUUACUAGAAGUUGUGAGAAUCAAGCUGAAGUGAAGUACAAGGGAACACGUUGGGAGGUCAGCCUAGAGGAAAGAAAAUGUAGUUGUCGCAUGUGGCAAGUUCAAGGUCGACCAUGUGUACAUUCAGCGACUUUUAUUGCUUUUAUAAGGGAUGCUAACUGGGACAAAUAUGUUGAUCCCUAUUUCACUAUAGAGAAAUUUAAAUCUGCAUAUGCUUUUCAAAUUGCUCCGAUGCCCGGACAGGAUCAAUGGGCGGAAAAAAAUGGGGAGAAAAUAUAUCCACCUAUUAUCAAACGCCCACCUGGACGACCAAGAAAAAAUAGAACUAAAUCAUCGGAUGAGCCUAAAAGAAGACACAAGUGUCCACGAUGUGGUGAGUAUGGACACCGUCAAAAAACAUGUAAAAAUCCAGCAUCUCAAAGUUUCGAUCAAAGUGAAACAGCCACCUCUAAAAGGGGGAAGACGGAUGUUGUGUGCUACGAUCGGAAGGAAGCUGCGAUCGAAAGGAAGCUGCAAGACGGGAGGAGGCUGUGA